AAAUUAGUUCAAAAAUGCUAACCCACAAUGAUGUACAUGACAUUCACUUGCAAAGUUAGGCUAAAGAUAGUCGGUAGCAUAACUUCAAUUUCACUAGAAAUUAUAAAAGUUUAGUUCUCAGUAACUCUCUGUUCGUAGAAGAUUAAAUUAUCAUAAUAUAACAAUUGUUUUGCCAAUAUCUUUGCUGAGAAAUUACCAACCCAAGGAUACGAUUACGUGACUAAUUGGAUCAGAGCGCUUUUUAGUCUAAGUCUAACCAUUUUUAAAAAGUUCACUUUUGUUUUUUACUGGACUAAACUUGUACGCAAUACAUACACAUGCAGGUUAAUGUACAUUAACAUUCGAUAGAUAGAUAAAUAUGCAUUAAUCUUUAAACGAUUUUUCUGUCGAUCUUUCAAGUUUGCAAUGUAUUUCCUUUUUCAAGUCUACGAUCUUGAAUAUCAUUUUUGAGUAAGGUAAUUUCCUUAAUUUGCUUAACGUGUUCUUUCUGCAGCGUGAACCUUCCUUGUAUGAUAUGACUUCCUUUGAGCUUUAAAUAAGGUCAAUUAUUUAUCACUUGGAACAGAUUAAGCUUCUUUUCUUGCUGUCUAGUAUAAUACCCGUCUUUAUUGAGGUGGAUUUAUGAGAGACAUGACGAAGAAGUUCCAAGAUAAACUUGCUGAUGCAUCGACAACCGCUGAAGAAACUCUUGGAAAUAUUCGAACCGUCAAGUCGUUUUCACAAGAACUAAAGGCUUCGAAGAUGUACAAUAAAGAUAUUGAUAGCAGCUAUCAUGUUGGAUCUCAACUUGCCUUGGUCUAUGGCUUCUGGAAUGCGUUGAUGUCCAUUUUUGCUCAGGGAGCAAUUGCCUUAGUUUUAUGGUAUGGUGGGAAGCUGGUUCACACUGGAGAUAUGACUGUUGGGACACUGACAUGUUAGUAUAUGCAAAGUAUUUUGCUUUUCAACUCUAUUCUUUUAUCUUAAUUUCACAAUUGACUGAUUUAGAUUAAUAUUAGAUUAGUACCAGCGCGCUAUGUUAACACACCCUUGUUUUCUUGUGACGAUUGUCUGUCUAAUAUAAUCAUAUAUAGCUUCAAAUGGUUAUAAGUAUUGUUCUAAUAAUUAUUAUUUUCCAUCAAGAUUGCUAUCCCUUGAUGUUAUUUUAUUGUACCGAAUAUAAAUCUUGUAAGGGCAACAGACAUUCCAGACCAGCACACACAUUCUUUCUGGGAAUGUCUCAAGUAGUCUAUGUUCAGUUGUAUAUUUCUAGCCAGAAGUCUUAUUCUUAUUUUCAAAGUCCUAAAAUAGUUUGAUUGGUGAAAUGAUUGGUUAAUGACUUUAGAUCAUCUGAGUGUAUUAUAUUUUGAGAAAGUAUAAUGUUGGUACUACAUGUAGGCCGACAGUUCAGAAAAACACGUGACCUUGCUACUCAUGUCAUGUACAAAGGUUUGUGAAAACGAGAUGAAAAAGUAGGUUUCUAGAAAAUCUGGCAAAUUUUGGCCCUUGAUUUGAGCAGAUUCAAUGAAACAGUACCAGGCCUUUAUUUUGUUGCCAAAAACGUUGUAAUAUGACUUGCUUUGCCUGAGUCUUGAGCCGCCUUUUCUGUCAUGUUGAAAACCAUUAGUAACUAUGCUGUUGGCUGCGUAAAUGUUUGGAAAUAUUGGUGUUGCAACUGAUGUUAAAGCAACGAAAGACGAUGUCCUUGGUCAUAGCUCAUUUUAAGAAACAUUUUGUAGCAUAUGCCAGUUUGUUCUCUUCAUCAAACAGAGAUCUCUCAUAUUCUUCUUUGCAAGCUGACCUGCAAAUGCUUUGCGAGUGUAUUUGUAAGCCGAAAACCUUAAUAGACCAGAGGGUGGAAGGGGACCACCACCACCCGAACGGAGAAUUUAUGAGACCAAUCUAUUCUGGUUCAGUUUUUUGCGUAGAUUUCGAAUUUGGGUGUUGAUCAGCGGUUUAAGGGGGCUUUCCCGAGAUAUGGGAGGUCUAAAGACAAAUUUUGGGGUUAAUUGCUACAAAUUUGGUUUCCUCAAUAAAUUUCAAUAAGAUAAAGAUAGAUAUGUUAUUUGACUAUAUCUAUGAUUGUUGGCUGAUAUUUGAAAGUGUUUUUCUAUAUUUAGAAUUUAAGGGAGGUGUAAAAAAUUAAAUUUUUUCCAAAAGAAAACAUUACUGUUACAAUAUAUUUGAAUAUUAUCAAGUCUACCCAAAAAAUUAUUCAUCUUCAUCCUUAUCCUCAGACAUAUUAUCAAUGCCUCUUCUUAAGUCUUCCACUUCUACAAGAUCGUCAGCCUCCACUAGUAGUUUCGAACAUCCUCUGGAUUUUGCGAAAGAAAUUCAUUAAACAGACUUAGAAAAGUCACCUUUCCACACGUGGUGUACUUGAGCCUUCUUGCUCUAUCAUUGGUUAAGAGGCUUGUCUGCACAUAUGUGCAAUGUAAUUUGCAACGCUUGAUGUAUCUUAAGAGGCUGUUUUUGCAUGGUGGCUGCAAAGAGAAGUCUGUGAUUUUUGACCCCUUGAAAAAAUUUUCCAAAAAUUUUUCCGUUGAAUAUCAUGAACAGACGAUAAUCUCUUUUCUCCAAACAACGCACACGUAAACCUUUCAAUACCCCCAAUUACAUAAUUUAUAGGAUUACUUGAUGCCCCUAGCUUUGCGAAAGUUGUGACGAAUGCUUUUGUGCCUUGCAUAAGCUUCCAACUCUUUCAAAAAAAUACCUACCUACCUACCUCCCUUUCUACCUUCCUCCCUAUCUACUUACCUACCUACCUCCCUAUCUCCCUUUCUACCUACCUACUUACCUAGCCACAUACCCACCUAUCUAUCCAUCUACCUACCUGCGUUCCCGGACAUCGAGCAGCCCCACUUCAUGUACACACUCUUCGUACAUGAAAAUAACAAAAUAUAGUCAUUUCCACUAAAUGCAUGCAAGCCAAGCGGGGCUUCUUUUUGAUAGGCCGAUAAUUCACAAGCAGCUAGAGCGAAGAUUUUUCUAUUUUUACCUGUCCCACUAUCAAUAAAUAUUUAGAAAUGAGGUUCCUGCCUAGCAAGCAAGAUAACAAGGAUGUUAAUAUAUUAUAUAUCUCCAAAACAAGAACGCAAAUCGUUUCUCGACCUUCGUUUUGUUGGAGAGCAUGAUGUAGAAGGAAGCAAACUUAAGCUAGUGAUAUUUAUGCAGCGAUAUCUAUAUAUAUUUUUCUCUUUGCGAGAAAAAUUGAUCACUCUGUUCCCUAAAUGACAGCCUUGACGAACCCAUACUUCUUUAACCAACUCAAGCAACCGCUCUUUAUUCUGUCUUUUCCUCAGAAACGCAACGAAGUUAGGAGGAAUCUUUAUGUUUGGCGAUUUGAUGAAGAAAUGGUUGUCUGCAUUCUUGAUGAACCAAUCGGCAUGUUCGAAUGCAAUAUAUACACAGUUGUAUUGUGUCCGUAAUUCAUUCAGCAACUUCGUUGCAAGCCUCCUGAAAGUGUCCGGUAUUCUAACUGUAGAUCGAAUGGUGGCACCCAAAUCAACAACAAAGCAAAUUGCCUAUCUCCUCUUUCCUGUUCUUCAUAAGGCUGGUAACUGUGGUAUUUAUAUGUGCCUCAUACUUCUAAGUUCCUGAGCUUCACGAGACAGCGAGGAAGGGGAUACUAUCACCGAACUCGGCUUCUAACCCCUUUUUAACUUAGUCUGCUUUUCUCGUUAAUGAAACAAUACAUUCCAAUUAAAGUCUUCAUUGCAACGGAUCGGUUCAUGAUUUGUUAUAUAUGAACACACAGGAAAGAGUCAGCUUACACUGUUCUUCGCUUGUUUCAAGUACUUCGUUAGUGGGAUCGUGGACAGCUGUAGAAGUAAGGGUAGUCGACUUCUUACUACAAAAUACUGUGUACUUAUUAUACCAGGAAAGCUUUACCCUCUCUUAAUGCUGGAGCUUUUUGCAGAGUUCGGCAUGAUGAAAGUUUAUAUAAGUUUCAAUAGUUGCUUCUUCCCCUUAUUAACAUUGAUAGGCCCUUGUUAUUAGGCGCUUGCUUUCGUCACUGUUUUCUUUUUUAAGGAGAUGCCUUUUUGCUUACUUUCUUCCCCUUUUGCGUUUUGUUUGCAAAGACAGAUACGGCCUUCGUAAAGUUCAGGUAAAGCUGGCGAUAUCGUUGAAGGGCAAAGGAUCUGAUCUUCAAUGACUAAAUGAGUGCAAUGAACAGCUCAUCUUCUUUUUCUGUUUGCCAUAUAUUCUAACUACUUUCAUAGUUUACUCUUGCUUUAAUCACAGAACAUUGAAAAUGAUAAUGAAUUUGUAAGUAAUGAAAUUGCAGUUUUUAGGUCAUUUGAAAGAAAAUCCAAACCUAUACACUUUUACACUCUCAAUGGUCUUCAAUGUUAACAGGUAAUUAUCGUUUAAGGCUGUGAAGUACAUACAAGUUACAUUCCUAGGUUAUGACACAAAACCAUGUGUUACAGUACUUCUCAUAAAGAUUUGCUUUUGGGCCUCAUUUCCUUUCUGAUCCAUAGCAAUAAAGCUGUAUUUAUAAGAAAAUCUCCAUAUCAGUCAUUACACAUGUCUGAGAAAGCCACAUUCCUGGUGAGUACAAACAGCCAUUUCCCUAUGUGAUCAUGCUACAGUACUCCAUUCAGUUGCGAAAAAUCAGUUUUUCGUGGAAUUUACAGUAUUUUGUACUCCUGUUUCGUUUUCUAUGGCCCCCUCACUUCCAAAUGGGAGUCAACAAGCAUAGAUAUCAUCAAAAAACUGACCUGUCUAUAUUUUAUUGACAUUUAUAUUAGCCCUAAAAUCGGACU